GGUGAUUCUGCCACGUUUUGGAAUCUCCGACCUCGAAUAGUGUAGCCGUGGAUAAUAGCGUGUGGGUUUCCAUCCCGUCUCUGCCAACUAAUUUCUUGGAGUCUCCCCACUCACCGAUAACUUAAAAUCUUGGUGUUUGUUUAUCCACUUCAACAAUCUCUACUCAUCUAAUCUAAUCUCGAUCUCGAUCCUUCAAAAUGGGAAAGGAAUCCACGACACCAGCACUGGAUAUAUCGGAACCAUUGCUCCACCACGAAUCAUCCAAUUCCACUACAGAAACAGAAACAGAAACCAUACCAGAAUGGAAAGAUCAAAUCACUUUGAGGGGUUUAGUCGUGAGUGCUUUGUUGGGGACGCUUUUUUGCAUCAUUACGCACAAGCUCAAUCUCACUGUCGGAAUCAUCCCUUCCUUAAACGUCGCUGCUGGCUUACUCGGUUUUUUCUUCGUCAAAUCAUGGACUACUUUUCUAGAAAAUUUCGGAUUCUCUGUUCGCCCUUUCACCCGGCAAGAGAACACCGUCAUUCAGACUUGCGUUGUUGCUUGCUAUGGCCUCGCUUUUAGCGGUGGAUUUGGAUCCUAUUUGCUGUCUAUGGACGAGAGAACAUACAACUUAAUAGGUUCGGAUUACCCUGGUAAUCGGGCUGAAGACGUUAAGAAUCCAGGAUUGUUGUGGAUGACUGGCUUUCUUUUUGUUGUCAGUUUUCUCGGCCUUUUCAGUCUUGUUCCUCUUCGUAAGGUUAUGGUUAUGGAUUAUAAGCUUACAUACCCAAGUGGAACUGCCACUGCCAUGUUAAUCAACAGUUUCCACACGACUACUGGUGCUGACCUUGCAAGGAAACAGGUAAGCUGUCUUGGAAAGUAUCUAAGCAUAAGCUUUGUCUGGAGUUGCUUUAAAUGGUUCUUUGGUGGUAUUGGUGAUUCAUGUGGAUUUGAUAAUUUUCCAAGUCUUGGGUUGACACUGUUCAAGAAUACGUUUUACUUUGACUUCAGUCCUACUUAUAUUGGAUGUGGUCUUAUUUGCCCACACAUAGUCAACUGCUCUGUUCUGUUUGGCGCCAUUGUAUCCUGGGGCUUUCUUUGGCCCUACAUUUCCACUCGUGCAGGUGACUGGUAUCCAGCUGAUCUAGACAGCAAUGACUUCAAAGGUCUCUAUGGAUACAAGGUGUUCAUAGCUAUUUCCCUUAUUCUUGGGGAUGGGCUUUACAAUUUGGUGAAGAUAAUAUUGAUCUCCAUUAACACUGUGUGGAACAACACUACCAAAACCAAACAAGAUCUCCCUGUGAAUGUAAGAAAAGAGUUACCAGAGUCUGAGACAUCCAAGUCACAACUAGAGCAACAGAAGAGGGAUGAAGUUUUUCUGAAAGACGGAAUACCAACAUGGUUUGCAGGGUGUGGGUAUGUAGGGUUGGCUGCAAUAUCAACAGCUACAAUGCCGCUUAUAUUCCCGCCCCUCAAAUGGUACCUGGUGCUGUGUUCAUACAUAAUCGCCCCUGCCCUAGCUUUCUGCAACUCCUAUGGAACAGGUCUCACAGACUGGAGUUUAGCUUCAACGUACGGAAAAAUCGGUCUCUUCAUCAUCUCUUCGUUAGUCGGAAGCAAUGGAGGGGUAUUAGCAGGGUUAGCAGCAUGCGGUGUUAUGAUGUCGAUCGUCUCAACCGCCGCCGAUCUGAUGCAGGAUUUCAAAACCGGUUACCUGACAUUCUCCUCAGCCAAAUCCAUGUUCGUGAGUCAACUAGUCGGAACCGCCAUGGGGUGCAUCAUUGCACCGCUCACAUUCUGGAUGUUUUGGACCGCCUUUGAGAUUGGGACACCGGAUAGUCCGUACAAGGCACCGUAUGCGGUUAUAUACAGGGAGAUGGCGAUUCUCGGAGUCGAGGGUUUCUCUCAGCUUCCGAAUCAUUGUUUGGCGUUAUGUUGUGGGUUCUUUGUGGCGGCGUUGGUUUUGAACGUGCUACGGGACUGGGCUCCUUCGAAGAUCUCCCGGUUUAUUCCUAUUCCGAUGGCGAUGGCGGUGCCGUUUUAUAUCGGAGCUUAUUUUGCAAUCGACAUGUUUGUUGGGACUGUGAUUCUGUUUGUGUGGGAGCGAUUGAAUAAAAAAGAGUCGGAAGAUUAUGCAGGAGCGGUUGCUUCGGGGUUGAUCUGUGGGGAUGGGAUAUGGACGAUACCAUCCGCAAUACUCUCCAUUUUCAGGAUCGAUCCGCCCAUCUGCAUGUACUUUGGGCCUUCCGUUACCGGUUGAGUCAGCAGCACCCACCAGGUAGCCAAACUGUUUACUAGUAUUACUUUAGACUAGAAAAGAAACAGCAUUUUAGAUAUGGAGUUUUGUACAAAAAUAAAAGAAAUCAAUUAGACAGCCUCCCUACUGCUCUUUUUUCUCGUAUUUGUCGCCGGAA